AUGGCGUCCUCGCAAGACCUUCCGCACAUGAGCUUCCGGGCUUUCGUCGACGAGCUUCGUGCCGACGGCGAUAUUGUCGAGAUCAACGACGAAUGCGAUGCCGAUCUCGAGGUGGGCGCCAUCAUUCGUCUCGCCUGCGAGACCGAUGCCAAGGCCCCCCUGUUCAACAAGCUCAAGGGCAUGGACGGCAACGGGCUAUGGCGCAUCCUGGGCGCGCCCAACUCGCUACGUGCAGACCCUGCCCAGCGGUUCGGCCGGCUGGCUCGCCACAUCAACCUGCCGCCGACUGCGUCGAUGAAGGAGAUCCUCGACAAGAUGGGCGCUGCCAAGAGCACCCCACCGAUUCCGCCCAAGACCGUGCCUACCGGCUCCUGCAAGGAGGUCAAGCUGACGCCCGACCAGUUCGACCUCACCACCCUGCCCUCGCCCCAGCUGCACAAGUCUGACGGCGGCAAGUACGUGCAGACGUACGGCAUGCACAUUGUCCAGACGCCGGACGGCAAGUGGACCAACUGGUCUAUCGCCCGUGCUAUGGUGCACGACCGCAAUCACCUGGUCGGCCUGGUCAUCCCGCCCCAGCACAUCUGGAAGGUCCAGCAGGAGUGGAAGAAGAUCGGCAAGGACAUGCCGUGGGCCCUUGUCUUCGGCGUGCCUCCUGCUGCUAUCAUGGCUGCCAGCAUGCCGCUACCUGACGGUCUGUCUGAGGCCGAGUACAUUGGCUCGCUCGUCGGCACCGCCCUGGAGGUUACCAAGUGCGACACCAACGACCUGCUGGUCCCGGCCAACUCCGAGAUCGUCUUUGAGGGUUUCAUGUCCUCCACCGAGACCGCACCAGAGGGUCCUUUUGGCGAGAUGCACGGAUAUGUGUUCCCCGGCGAUGCUCACCCACAGCCGCUGUACACGGUAAAUAUGAUUACCCACCGCAAGGAUGCCAUUCUGCCCGUGAGCAACUGCGGCCGUUUGACAGAUGAGACGCACACAAUGAUUGGUCCAUUGGUGGCCGUCGAAAUCAACGUUAUGCUCAAGGCAGCUGGCCUGCCCAUCACAGACGCCUACACCCCCUUCGAGUCACAGGUCACGUGGUGUGCCGUCAAAGUCGACACGGCUAAGCUGCGGGAGCUCAAGACGACCCCCAAGGAGUUCUGCCGCAAAAUCGGUGACUUGAUCUUCAACACCAAGGUCGGCAGCACGAUCCACCGCAUUGCCGUCGUCGGUGACGACAUUGACAUCUUCAACUUCAAGGAUGUCAUCUGGGCCUUCUGCACGCGUUGUCGCCCUGGCAUGGACGAGUAUUUGUUCGAGGACGUGCCUGGCUUCCCGCUGAUCCCCUACAUGAGCCACGGCAACGGCCCCGCGAACCGUGGCGGCAAGGUCGUCUCCGACUGCCUGUUGCCGAAGGAAUAUACCACCGGAAAGAAUUGGGAGGCUGCUAGUUUCAAGGAGUCCAUCCCCGAGAGCGUGCAGGCAAAGGUGCUGGGCAACUGGAAGGCCUGGGGCUUUUAA